CUCAGACCGGGAUCCGAAAAGACGAGUGAGGAGCUGCGUGGGUCUCCGACGGGAUCUCCUUGGGGUUUUGUUUGGUUUUUCUGGAUAUUUCUUCAGUAAGACCGUAAAAAUGUCAUCCAAACAAGAAAUAAUGAAUGACCAGCGGUUUAGGCGGGUUUCAAAGGAUCCCAGAUUUUGGGAAAUGCCAGAGAAGGAACGAAAAGUCAAAAUUGACAAGAGAUUUCGAGCCAUGUUUCAUGACAAAAAGUUUAAAUUGAACUAUGCUGUUGACAAAAGAGGGCGCCCUAUCACCCACAGCACAACGGAAGACCUGAAACGCUUCUAUGACCUGUCAGACUCUGAUUCUGAUCUCUCUGAUGAAGAAAGCAAAGUGCUGGACCAAAAGAAAGUAAAGCAGAAAAAGAAACAGACGGAAAAGGAAGUGAAGUCAAAAAUGCUGAUUGAGGAGAAAAAGAAAGAAACCAAAAAAGUUGAUCAGAAGGAUCCUAUAAACAAAAAUAAUUUAGAUAAUUCUGAAAGAAUUCAAAAAAUGAAAAACGUGUGUAAAUCUCAAAGGGUAAAUUUAGAAAUAAGUCCCAAAAAGGAUAGUGAAGAAUUUCCACAAGAUACAAAAAAGAAAAGGAACAUCACCGACCACAGUACAAAUUCUUUGCCCAAAGGAAAACCAAGGACCAAAGAUUCCAGUACCCCUGAAAUCGUGAAAUCUCCAACAAUUACUUGUUCUAAGGCCAAAAGAGAAAAGCAAUCAGUGCUUCCAGUCGUUCUGGCAAGAGACAAAGAUGCCCUGGAAGAAGAUUCAGACAGUGCUAGUGAAAUAGGAAGUGAUGAGGACUCUGAAGAUGAAGUCACAAGUGAUGAUAGAACUUCAGCUGAUGAUGAUGAAGAGGAGGAAGAAGAGGAGGAGGAGGAAGACAGUGAGGAGGAGGAUGAAAGUGACAGUGGUCCUGAUCUGGCAAGGGGUAAAGGAAAUAUAGAAACUAGUUCUGAAGAUGAAGACGAUUUUGCAGAUCUAUUUCCAGAAGAACCUGGUUUUGAACAUGCUUGGAGAGAAUUAGAUAAAGAUGCUCCUCGGGCUGAUGAGAUUACACGCCGACUAGCAGUUUGCAACAUGGACUGGGAUAGAUUAAAGGCAAAAGAUUUGCUGGCUCUGUUCAAUUCUUUUAAGCCCAAAGGAGGAGUUGUAUUUUCUGUAAAGAUAUAUCCUUCGGAGUUUGGAAAGGAGAGGAUGAAAGAAGAGCAAAUUCAAGGACCAGUAGAGUUAUUGAGUAUUCCUGAGGAUGCCCCCGAAAAAGACUGGGCCUCUAGAGAGAAGCUGAGAGACUAUCAGUUCAAACGAUUGAAAUAUUAUUAUGCAGUAGUGGAUUGUGAUUCUCCUGAAACAGCAAGUAAGAUUUAUGAAGAUUGUGAUGGCCUGGAAUUUGAAAGCAGUUGUUCUUUUAUAGACCUAAGGUUUAUACCAGAUGAUAUUACUUUUGAUGAUGAGCCCAAGGAUGUGGCCUCAGAAGUUGAUCUAACAGCAUAUAAACCAAAAUAUUUCACAUCCGCUGCAAUGGGAACAUCAACGGUGGAGAUCACUUGGGAUGAGACUGAUCAUGAAAGAAUCACAACACUUAACAGAAAGUUUAAAAAGGAGGAGCUUUUGGACAUGGACUUCCAGGCCUACUUAGCUUCCUCUAGUGAGGAUGAAGAAGAAGAGGAAGAAGCACCACAAGGUGAGGAUGGAGUCAGUGUCGAAGAUGGGAAAACAAAGAAAUAUCAGAAGGAUGAUGAAGAACAAAUUGCUAAAUAUAGAGAGCUCUUGCAAGUUAUUAAAGAAAAGGAGAAAAAAGGAAAAGAAAAUGAUAUGGAAAUGGAGAUCAAGUGGGUUCCAGGCCUUAAGGAGAGUGCAGAAGAAAUGGUCAAAAACAAGUUGGAGGGAAAGGACAAGCUGACCCCUUGGGAACAAUUUUUAGAGAAGAAGAAAGAGAAGAAAAGACUGAAAAAGAAACAGAAGGCUCUUUCUGAAGAAGCCAGUGAAGAUGAGCUUCCCUCUGAUGUUGAUUUGAAUGAUCCCUACUUUGCUGAAGAAGUUAAAAAAAUAGGUAUAAAGAAAAAAUCAACGAAAUGUGCAAAGGGCAGCACAUCUUCAGAGGAAGAAACUGAACUAGAAAAACAAAAGGCUGAAAUGGCCUUGCUUGUAAUGGAUGAGGAAGAAGACAGCAAGAAACACUUCAAUUAUGACAAGAUUGUGGAACACCAGAAUCUGAGCAAAAAGAAGAAGAAAAAGCUUAUGAAAAAGAAGGAGUUGCUUGAGGAUGACUUUGAGGUAAAUGUUAGCGACGCACGGUUUCAGGCAAUGUACACUUCCCACUUAUUCAAUUUGGAUCCUUCUGAUCCUAAUUUCAAGAAGACAAAAGCUAUGGAAAAAAUUCUUGAAGAGAAAGCUCGGCAACGAGAACGAAAAGAAGAACUCCUUACUCAAGCAGUGGAGAGAGCUCAGCAGGACACGGGAAAGGCAGCACAGAAGCAGCACUCAGAUCCUGCCUUGUCUUUGCUGAUUAAAUCCGUGAAAAAUAAAACAGAGCAAUUCCAAGCCAGAAAAAAACAGAGAGUCAAAUAACUGGACACUGUCUCUGUGAUCUCAAGUACACAGAAAUAGUUUAAGGGUUAAUGGGAAUGUAGCUAUCUUAACCCCAGCACUCGGGAGGCAGAAGCAGAAGGAUCUCUGUGAGUUCGAGGCCAGUUUGGUCUACAAAACGAGAUCCAGGACAGGCUCCAAAGCCAAACAGAAACCCUGUCUCAAAAAUUA